ACAUUAUUCCUAAAGACGCUGCGUGCCUGGCCUACCCCACCUUUAUUGCACACACCCUGAACAAUAUAUAUAUACACACACAACCCCCUUCAUGCUCCCUGCUCUAUCCAUUCAUCAAUCAAUGCUCUUUAUUAAGUGUCUUAGCCUUAAGAAAUAAAUUGUAUUAUUAUUAUUAUACCUAAAAAGGAAAUGAACGGCUGGGAUGAGGAACGAGCGCUGAUCCCAGGGUUACCGGACGAUAUCGCACUCGAUUGCAUCGCACGAGUGCCGCACCGAUUCCACCCGGUGAUCUGCGCGGUGAGCCGACGCUGGCGGGAUCUGGUCACCGCCUCCGCCUUCAGGCUUCACCGACACCGCAUCGGAGUGGCGGAGGAUCUGAUUCUUCUAAUCCAGGCACAACCGGGUGGUCUCUCCGGCGCCGGCAGGAGCAAGGACGAGUUCCGGCCGCCGCCGUGUAGGCUCGUGGCGUAUAAUGCGUCGAUGGGGGAGUGGAGACGGGCGGUGGGUGCGGUGCCGGUGUUCGCGAGGGUGACGGUAGUGAAGGGGAGGGUGGUGGUGAUCGGGGGGUGGGAUCCGGAGACGCUGAAGCCGGUGGGGGAAGUGAGAGUGGUGGAUCCGGUGACCGGAGGGUGGAGGCCGGGGAAGGCGAUGAGGGAGGCGAGAUCGUUCUUUGGAUGUGGAGUGGCAGGGGGUAGGGUUUACGUCGCUGGAGGGCAUGAUUCGCAGAAGAACGCGUUGAAAACAGCGGAGGCGUAUGAUGUGGAGGACGAUGAGUGGGUGGAGUUGCCGGAGAUGGGGGAGGAGAGGGAUGAGUGUCAAGGGUUGGGAGUAGGGGGGAGGUUCUGGGCGGUGAGUGGGUACGGGACGGAGGGGCAGGGGAGGUUCGAUCCGGCGGCGGAGUGCUACGAUCCAGCAACGGGAAGAUGGACGAAAAUCGAAGGAGUCUGCGAGGAGAUCGGCGGUGGAGAUGGGCCCGGCAGUGGGAUCUACGCGGCGGCGGGGGAGAGGGUGAGGUAUGUGGAUGGGAGAGGGGUGAGGGAGUAUGGGAGAGGGUGGAGAGAGGUGGGAAAGGGGCCGGAGGGGAUGAGGGCGGUGGCGGUGGCAGUGGAGAUCGGAGAAGAGACGGUGUUUGUCACGGGGGUGGCGGAGGGGGGUGGAAUGGUGGGUUGGGUUUUGGAGGAUGGGAAGUGGAUGCGGGUUUCCAACCCGAUUGGGUUUUCUGGAUCCGUUUACUCGGCGGCGGUUAUUCGGGUGUGAUCCGACCCGUUAAGUGAAGUACUGAAAACAACAUGACUAGUUUUGGUCUAAAGGAGCAUGAAUGAAUUGUUGGGAGAUAAUUAGACUGUUGAAAAAGUGCGCUUUUGAUAAGUUGUUGGCUAUUUAAUAGUAUUUAUAUCACUAGUUUUCUUUUA